AUGGAGGCUGAAUCGCAUUCCCAGAGCACAAAGAAGAAUGAGGGAAGACCAUAUCGGUCCCACCUGCACCCAGCAUGUUUCGCGUGCAGAAAGCGCAAAUCGCGCUGCAAGACAAGAAAUACAUCGGCCACAUGUAUCAUGUGCCAGGCGCAUGGAACAGACUGCAGAUUCCCACGCCCGGACGAUCCAUUCCAGGCGACAACCCAGAAAUCUCACCCGCGGAAAUCAGUGGCCAAUGCUCAAGCUCGUUUUAUCGGAGAUCCACAUGGCUCCCUGCGCCCCAGAUCGUAUAACCCACAGGCAUUGGGACAACAUGCAGAUCUAUCUGGCCCUUCUCCGGAGAACCUAAUUCAAUUUGACUCGUCGAGAAGCACCCCGGCGUUUCAUGCUGAUCGGCACUUGUCUGGCUCGAGAAAUGAUAGUGAAAGGGACGGCUUUCCAGAUCUUAUCGGUAUUGUUGCCGAGGCCGGAGAUGACAGCUCUCAUAUUAUCAGCCCGGCUGUUGCAGACGACAAUGAUAUUUUGGACAGUUAUCUGUCUACAGCACAGACCGAGAAACGAAGAUGCUUGGCUCGCUCUAGCUCCACAUCGAAUGGCCCGUUGAGACCUGUACGGUUCAAUGUUGUCCCUAGGAGACCAUUGGGUGUUAGUGUUAAACAGUCUGUUGCAGAGUCGAAGCUAGAAGUCAUUGAACGAUACAUGGACCCGCAUAUUGAUGAGUUCUUGAACCUUUUCUUCCACAAAGCAAAUCUUUGCUUUCCUCUGUUAGACGAAGCUUCAUUCAGAAAUGCUUAUUCAAAUCACAAGGAAAAGAUAUCCCCAGCACUAUUAUGCUGUCUCUACGCCAACUCGCUCAUUUAUUGGAAAGGCUCAUCGAAGCUGAUAUACACCGGCCGCGUUCCAGACAGCCAUUUCAUCUGGAAUCAGGCUAACGAGGCCCUCAACUCCGAGCUGUUCCUCUCCCCGGGAAUUUCAACGGUUCUUGCUAUAUUGAUAAAUGUUUGUGGAAGGCCUAGUACUUCUAUGUUUGGCAAUGGUGGUAUGGUGGGCACUGCAGUUGCUUUAUCGAAUGCACUUGGUCUGAAUCGUGACCCCUCUAGCUGGACGAUAUCUCCAUUAGAGAAAAGCUUGCGCAUUAGGAUAUGGUGGCUUGUUUUAAUACAUGAUCGAUGGUGCAGCUUGGCUUACGGGACACCUUUGCAGGUCCACCGAGCCCAGUACGAUGUACCAUUUCCAACGAUAGAAGACUUAUGCCACCCAACAGCCGAGCCAUAUCAGAAAGGAGCAGCAUCGGUGUUCAUAGCUUUAACUACCUUGACCGAUGUACUGGCUCGAUAUCUAGAGCAUGUUUACAGCGUGUCCAAAGAAUUCCCACAUUCGAACGCACAUACUCUGGAACAGAUCCUGAGCGACUGGGAGGAAUCCUUGAGUGAUGACAUCCGCCGCAUCGUACUGAGGGGUACACAUCUUGAUAUUCCGGGGGCAGCAAAUUUUCGGUUGGCAUAUUUAGCGGUCAAGCUACUGCUACGUCGAAUUCAAUUAGACCUCAAUAAAGGAUCUGAUCUCACAGCCAAAGACGAUACAAAGGCCCCAUUCUUUAUGCAAGCACAACGAGCCGCCGAAGACAUCGCGCACCUGAUACAGGAACUAGACGCCACUCAACUCAACGGCUUUUGGAUUCCAGUGCAUUCUUUCUCGAUAACAUCGGCCACGAUGUUCCUGCUGCGUAGUGGGCUGCGGAUGAAAGACCAGGGCCGAAAUAUGCCUCUGAGUAUUGCCAAAGACAUGAUCAAUGUUCUCCAUACACACCGGCAGAAUUUCUGUUGGGACCUUGCCGAUAAUUGCCUCGCAGAUUGCGGGGAGCUGGUUGAAAAGAUUGGCAUGGCAGUGGCAGAUUCUGAUUUGUCAGUUGGUGCAGCUGGGCCUGACUUUCCGGAUUUCUCGGAAGAUUUGGACAUCGAUCCGGCUAUAUUAGAGGAGUUAUUUUUUGGAAUCUCGGGCUUUCCACAAGGGUUCGAGAUUUGA